UCUUGAUCACAUCUCGACUUGCUAAUUCCACGUCGCGCAUUUCUAGUCAAUACCAUCAUGGUCCCCAAAGCCAGUCCUGCGCCUCCCAAGGCUUCUUCAAAUGUCGUUCUUUCACUUUGGAAAUCAUACAACGAGCAGACCUCUGACAGACUCCGCUUCAUCGAUGCCUUCCUCUUCUUCCUGAUGCUCACUGGCAUUGCGCAGUUCAUAUACUGCGUCCUCGUCACCAACUUUCCUUUCAAUGCAUUUCUAGCUGGGUUCUCAAGCACUGUGGGACAAUUUGUGCUGGCUGCUUCGCUGCGCUCCCAAGUCAACCCUGAGAAUAAAGACGAAUUCAAAAACGUAUCUCCCGAACGGGCAUUCGCGGAUUUUGCCUUGGGUUCUAUAGUGUUGCAUUUCUUUGUUUUCAACUUCCUGGGAUGAAGUUGCGCGCAUAAAAUGGAUAAGCUUCAUGUCUGAAUGCAAAUCAACUAUGAUUCAGAUCGGCCGUCUGGACCUUCUUGGGUCGUGAGCACUUCCGUAGCCCGAUUGAACCUAUGCCGAUGCUAUAAGGAUACUGGCAUGCGAGUGAGGGUGCACCCCAAUUCUUAUACUCCCUUUGAUGAGAGGACAGAGUAUAGAUAAUAUAAAUAUAGUC